AUGAGAGAUGACAAGGGGGUACAGAUUAGGAAAGUGUACACAUUUGUUUUUCAAAAGAAUGUCAACUACAACAGCUACUUUCUUGCAUGUCCUGCUACUCUGUCAUUGAAAAUUUAAAAUAUCUUUUUGCUGACAAGGGACACAUCUCAGCCCUUUUAUGUGGGCUACAUCAUACCUGGAGGCCUCCAGUAGGUGACCGUGGAAGGAGGAAUUGUCCUAAGUAGAGAGUCGGCGAAGAGGCUCAAGGGGCUUCUCGGGGACCAUACAGAGUGUAAAGAUCAAGAUGUAAUUUGGAAUUUAUCCCUUGAUAAGCAGUUGGUAGUCUGCCUGAAAUGUGUGGGUGUUGUUGGGUGAGACGCAGAGGAUUAUGAAGGAAGAAAUGUGUUUAAUGCAUAGCCCAUUGAGUACCUCAUUCGAGCCGCAAUGCCUAAUAACCUGCAUCAAGUAAUAAAAGGCUGCUGUUCAGAUAUAGCCAUUAUGUUUCAUGGACUUACUUCCCCAGUUAGAGUAAUGAUGGCAUGUGGACACUGUUUCAUGCUUUUCUGGGCUUUUUUUUGCCUCCAAACAAUUCAGAAAAUGAGACUGGUGAGUAAUACAACUGUGCUGUUGAAGGACCUCUUGAAAUGUGGCAAGUCUGAUGUAAGAUGGACAACGUAA